AUGUCGAGUGUCCAAGCUCUGGCUAAUAUCGAUACUAGCCUACUCGCGUUAGAAAAUACUACUCAAAUCCUCCAAGGACAGACUAAGCGGUUUGGAGAACAGCAAAGACUGAAGGCCAAGCAGGGAGAUGAGAAAGUUGUUGACCAGGAAGAUACCGCCGGCGAUCUCGAAGCUCAGGCCUCUGCCGACACUGGCGAGCUCCGCAAGGAAGUAUCCAAAGGGCAGAGAGCUGAGGCAGAUGGCUUUACGAUACAAAGCCUUCGAGAGCGUAUCAUACACUUAGAAGAAGAAGAGAAGACCAGGCUGGAAGCAGAGAAAGAUAUUGUGUGCGAAUGGAUCCAACUAUGGUCCAUCGAGCAUGAAAUGAGGCUAUCAUUGGAAUCAACCGCCAACGUCGACGCCGCCAAUCUGAUCAGGAGCCAAAACGGGCAACUGAAGGACGCAAAAGCGAAUAUUCGCGCGCUUGAAUGUGAGCUUCAGGCGUACAAAGAUCGACAUGGGUCUCUGGGGCGCCCAUUAUUUCGCGGACCAUCUUGGGGGCCAAGCAGUUGGCUGCAACAUACACCGCCGUCAACACCCUCAAGCUUGCAUUUACACCAGCAUCAGUUUCGACACAUACGGCCCAAAGUCCGUCUACCUACCAUUGGAGCAGGCCAGGGCACCAGCUUCGUCACUACUCCUGGCCAGUCACAAGAGGUCAAUGGGUCACCAGCUCCCACUCCUCGCUUAGGUGGUGGGCCCUCUCAACCCAGCUCGAGCUUUGUACCUACUCUUAGCCACCCUCGAGUGGUCAACGAGGCUCCGGCUUCCGCCGAUCGCCUGGGCCAAAAGGUUCUCAACCCCCACUCGAGCAUUGUUCCUAGUCCUAGCCAAUCUCCAGUGGUCGACAAGACAGCGAUGUCAACUGCUCCGUCGGGUCAUGGGGUCUUCGAGCCCAACCUUCCGCGCAAUCCAGUCAGUCAGCGUCUUCGCAUGCAAGAUCAGUCUCAGCGACGUGCUACAGUCCUCCCACAUUUGAGGCAUCUACAAAUGGCACCGCAGCCAGCUGGUACUACUCACAUACAACCUGAAUUGCCAAGGCCACAGCCAGACACGCCUUCAAGAUCAAGAGACGCGCAGGAUACAGAGUCCUGGGUCCAGACACAGGUGAACCAUACUUUCUACAACUGGAUUGAUGGGAUGUGGCAGGCAGAGGACUCCUGA